CGACGAGAAACAUGGCGUCGAGCGGUCAAUAGAUUACAACAGUCUCUCGAUUAAUAGGCGACUAUUUUCACGUCCUCGGGGCUAGCUCUCGAGCUGCUUUUUUCUUUACUGCUUUACUCAGCAGUAUUUGAGCUUAGGCAGAAAACGAUUCGCGAGACGGCGUCGUCAGCUGCCUCCCGAGUGUGUCUAUAGCGCGAUCGUAAUCCGCGUACAUCCGAGAGGUGCAUAUUAAACAGUACACGUAUGUGCAGCAGCAGCAGCAGCAGCAAGGUGCAGGGAUCGCUGCAGCAGCACGACGAGGACGUUCGCACGGCUCAAUGAACGCCUGGCUGGCUGCACAGCAGUGUGUAGUAACGUACGAGGCGCGAGCGAAAGUGUGUUCCGUGACAAGUGCGAGAGACGACGCGACUAGUACGAGUCGACGACGGCAGUGGUGUGCUCGCGGCCCGAACCAACGCCAAUUCUCGAAUCCGUGUGCUCUACAUGCCCGCGAGAUAUCUCGCUUAUCGUGCACACAUUGAUGUGCGUGUGAUGCCUCAACUGACGGCAAAAAAGAGAGUACAGCACUCGUCGCUUUCGAGUUAACAUUCCGCGAGAGCGAGAGAGAGAGCAGCCCCUCCCGUCGAUUCCCGAGCUAUGCAGCAGCGGCAGCAGCAGCAGACAUCGAAUCAUAAGAGCUAACGCCUUGAACUGCUCGAAAGCGUCGCGAGGAGAGCCAACCGAUGAUCGACAAAAGCUGUCAGGAUCUCGCAGUCCUGUCUCUAGUGUUAGAAGAAAAAAACGCCGUGGCGAAUCGAUAGCUUGUAAUUAGGCUUUGUUAGCGUAGCUAAUAGUUGAUAACGAGUUCGUCGUCGUCGUCGUCGUCGUCGUCGGCUCCCGAGGCAGUGAAAGUUUAUACACGAGUGUCAGUGUACGUUUUGUUGUGUUGUGUGUGCGUGCGUUAAAAUAAAGCGAGUAUAUAUUGUCAGUGCGUGCCUCGCUUCGGUAUGCGCCAAAGAGAACCGAGCGUGCCCUAGGCGCUGUCGUUGAGCAAUAUCAUCUCGCACGAAAUUCAGCGUGGAACAGCCCAGCAGCCGAUUCUCUCGUCAAGAAUGUGCCCAAGGCCCGAACGAUAGCCCAGAGAGCUAUAAACAAGCGCGUCGGCCGUACAACGCUCGUGUGCCAGCGUCCCGCAAGAGGCGACAAGAGCCAGCGCCGAGUCCAGUCGCUCCAGCGUAAACAAAAUCAGGAGGAUGGCUUCGGGCGACAACGUAGACGUCAUCGAGGUCGUGGAGACGAGCCUCGCGGCCCCUGGCCCGGCCAAUUCCUCGAGGGCCGCCGCCGAGCUCGACCAAAUGUCCGAUGCCGCCGGGGACGACUCCGGCGAGGAAGACCACAAAUCUGCGACUGAGGACAAACUUAAUGCUAAUGAUAUUUCUGCAGCUCAACAUGGUAAUGUUGAUAACAAAGUUGCCGGUAUGGCUAGAAACAAAUCUGAAAAAGAAAAGAAACUUGGUCACCGGAGAGUUGGAGUUGGCGGUGAAAUUACAUAUAAGAAGAUCCAAACGACACAAAUCAUGGGGUCAAUACAAUUGGGUAUUCAACAUGCCAUUGGUGGUUUGGCGAGCAAACCUGAAAGAGAUCUUCUUAUGCAAGAUUUUAUGACUGUUGAGACCACAAAUUUUCCUUCUGAAGGAUCAAAUCACACUCCAGCUCAUCAUUAUUUAGAAUUUAAGUUCAAAAAUUAUGCUCCUAUUGCAUUUCGUUAUUUUAGAGAUUUGUUUGGUAUUCAACCGGAUGAUUUUCUGAUGUCAAUGUGUAGUGCUUCUCUACGAGAAUUAUCAAAUCCUGGUGCGAGUGGAAGUAUUUUUUAUCUAACAGAUGAUGAUGAAUUUAUUAUUAAGACAGUGCAACAUAAAGAGGGUGAGUUUUUGCAAACUCUCUUACCAGGUUACUACAUGAAUUUAAAUCAAAAUCCAAGAACUUUACUGCCAAAAUUUUUUGGGUUAUAUUGUUAUCGUUGUAAUAGUAAAAAUGUUCGACUUGUUGCCAUGAAUAAUCUUCUGCCAUCAGCAGUCAAACUGCAUCAGAAAUACGAUUUAAAAGGCUCCACAUACAAGAGAAAAGCAUCAAAAUCUGAAAGGUCAAAAAAAUCACCAACUUACAAAGAUUUAGAUUUUAUGGAACAUCAUCAAGAAGGUAUAUUUCUCGAAUCUGAUACAUAUAAUGCGCUUAUCAAAACUAUUCAGCGGGACUGCAGGGUCCUAGAAAGUUUUAAAAUUAUGGACUACUCUUUACUACUUGGCAUUCAUAAUCUUGAUCAGGCUGCAAGAGAAAAAAAUGAGCAAAGAUUAUCUACGAGUGCGGAUGAAGAAACUGGAGAAUCCGGUACCGACGGUCCUCCUUUAUCUCAGGCAGAUAAAGAAAAAGAAAAAGAAGACAGACUAGGAGCCGUCGCUCUAAACAGAUCUCGUAGUAUAAAUCGACAAAGGCUCGUUGCACACAGUACAGCAAUGGAAAGUAUUCAGGCAGAAAGUGAACCGAUAGACGAAGAAGAUGACGUACCGCCGGGAGGUAUUCCAGCAAGAAACGCUCGAGGAGAACGAUUACUUCUCUUCAUAGGUAUUAUUGAUAUUCUUCAAAGUUACAGAUUGAAGAAGAAACUUGAACACACUCUAAAGUCUAUGAUUCAUGAUGGUGACACAGUAUCUGUACACCGACCUGGAUUUUAUGCUGAGCGCUUCCAAAGCUUCAUGGCAAAAACAGUCUUCAAGAAGAUUCCCUCACUGGACCUGCCCGAGAUAAAAGGAAACCAUCGAAAGUUCCGUAACCUCGUCUCCAGCUACAUAGCUCUUAAACAUUCCCCGUCGAAGAGGAAAAGCAUUUCGAAGCCAGCACGAGCACUGGAUGGUGAUUUCGACUCAACGGGAGUGACUGCAGCGGUCGCUACGACGACAACGGCGAUCACCGGCAGCGGUUCAAGCGUGCCAGGGCCGAUUGCCACGUCGACGCCGGUGAGCCUGGCCGCGGGACCGGUGAGUCCGCCACCCCUGCAGAGCAAGCACUCGGACGAUCGCUGCCAGCCAGCGUCGAACGCCCCUAGUAGUGCCUCUCGACAACAGUACCCGGCGGUGCUGAAGGGCAGCGGCGGCAUCAGGACUAGCGGGGCUGCGCCGCCCAACCCCAACAUCGUGCCGUCGAGCAAGGUGCCGCCUCCCGUGCCGCCCCGUGGAAGCGCCGCCAAAUCCUCCGGAUCGUCCUCGUCUGCUCGAGUUUGCGCAUUUUCCGUAGGUGGCACCCUUCCCUCUACCUGUUCCACGCCUCCCCCGCCUUUUGAUGAUGCUGUGCGGUCGAACGAUCAAACUCUGGCUUCCGGUGGCCAUUAUCCACAUCAUCAGCACCAUGGACCGACUAGCCCAUCCAUACUGACGAGUAGUUUGGCUGGCUCUCAUGUCGGUCGCAACAAAGUUGUUCACCAUGUGACUAUGGCAAAAACAUAUCACGACAGUGUAAGCAUAUCAGACGUGCAUCUUGAAAGCAGUUGCAGCAAUAGUAGUGGCGGUGGUAGUGGUAGCGGAGAUGGACGCCGCACAAAAUCCUCGCUGAGCGUUGAAAGCAGUAGUAGUCGGGGUGGAUGUGUUACGUGGACACCACCCGUGGGUAGUGCAGAAGGAUCGACACCUACCUGGACUGAAGGCACUCCAUCGUUCACUGAAAGCUCGAGCAGCGGUGAUAUUGGUUGUCCUACAACUCCCAUUAGAACAGAUCAACAAACGCCUAACGGUAGUCGGAUAGCAGCGUCAGUAGAAGAAGCAUUAACUAAUUUAACAACUGAAGUGGCAGUUUGGAAAGAACAGAUCGAUAAAAAAAAUGAACAAUAAAUGUUCGUCUAACUGGUGAUCUUUGUGAUCGUAAAGGAAAUUCUUCAUCGACAAUGAAUGCAGAUCUGCCCUAUCUGACACAAAAGCGACUAACAAUAUAUCUAACAACCAUCUCAAAGAACAAGAUGAUCAAAGAUACAGAGAAAUAAAAAAUUUGAUUUCCGCUUGUUUCUUGGUUAACUAAUUGUAGUAGUGAACGAAUGCGAACAUUUUUAUUAUGAAGCAUUUUUAUAGUAUACAUGAAUCUUUCAGAUAAAGCAAAGUAAAAUGAAAAAUGAUUAACAUUGAUAUCGUCUUUAAAACGUAACGAUUAAUAUAAUGGAUAGUCAUUUUAUCAAAUAUCCUUUGAAUAGUAACACAAGUACAUAAAAAGAAUCCUGUUAUUAGAUCACAAUAGCAUACGUAUUUUAAGUGGCUGAAUUCAACUUUCAUUCAAUUCAUUAUUUGGAUACCGAAAAUUUAAAAAAUGAUUACAUUCAUAUUGGAGCAUUAAUAGAUUAAUUAUAGACUAAACCAUUAACUCGUAUAAAGUGAUCAUAAUUAUGUCUUGAAAUAUUGAAUAUAAGUGGAGCGAGCUUUGAAUUAUAAUUCAGCAACUAGAAGAACUUUUAGGUAUGCUGUUGUGAGUCUCCGACAUAUUUUUUGUGACUAUGAAAGCUAAUAUGCACUCGUUACUAAACCAGCAACGUAAAAUAAAUUGCAAAGAAAAUGAAGUUUCUUUAUUGUUAUUUGUAAUAAUUUUAUUGUUAGAGGAGACUAGGUCCAAUUGACAUUGGAGGUAUGUUAGCAAAACGUCAUAUUUCUCUAAUAUCGAUUACUUGAAUCGAGAUGCUGCUAUCACAAGUUUGAAUACUAGAUAGUAUAAGGGUUUAUAGUGAUAGUGUCAUCUCGAUUCAAGUUAUCGAUAUUAGAGAAAAAAGCCGUUUUGCUAACUUACCUCCCAUGCUAACUGGUCCCUCUCUCCCCUACUGCUUGUUGGAAAUGAAUAAUAUUUUUAAUUCGUUCAAACCGAUAGAAUCAUUUCAAAAUUUUGAAAAACAUGGAUUUCAUAAUAGCUAUAAGUAUUUUAAAUUAAAGUGUCCUUUUUAAUAACUUAUUAAUCUUAGAGUUUGUAUAUUGAUCAAUAAACUUGAAUUUAUUGAGUGUUCAUUUUGAAAAAUGUGGCCUACUCCAUGAUAACUGCUCAAAUAAACUAAAUUUGGUAGAAAUUGAAGAGAAAUUUAAUUAAAUAAAAAAUAUUAAUUGUAGCUGAACGUCAAAUAUUAUUACAUCAGUGACGAAUGAUAAUGACAACUACAACAUUAAUAAUAAUGGCUGAACUUGUGAAUAGAAACCCAAAGCACUUGCAGAAUUGCCAAAAAGUUUAAUUAUUGUUAGUAUUUAAUAUUUUUAUAUGAGUGAUGGCUUACAAAAGUUUUGGUAUAACAGACAUUGAAAGAGAUUAAUAGUUAUUGAGAUUUAUUGAAACUAUUGAAAGCUAUCUAUACUGAUUUUAAAACGGCUUUCAUUGGAAAUAAACUUUCCCUCCAUAAUUAUUCAUUUACUAACCGUUUAACAAACACUUUUUUCUUUGAACUGUUAUUUACACCUCAAAUGUAAAUGGGGUAUGAUAUAAUAUUUCAGGUAGCAAUGAAUACUUGAGCUUCAUAUAAAUAUCGGAAUUAUUAUAAAAGUAAGCUUGUAAUAUACGUAUGUAUAGUAUACACUCUAUAAACUUAAUGGUUAAAAACGUUUCAAUUUGCUGAAGUACAUAAAAUUUUAAAUCAACAGUGACGAUCAAAGAAUAAAUGAAAAAUUUUGGUCGCAAACGAAUGUAUACACUGAAACAAUUAGCGCUGGGUGGAUUUUUCAGUGAAAAACCACUGUAAACUAAUUUCUUUAUGAAAAAUUUCUAUAAAAGUGGACGAAAAACUUUUGUAGUAACUAUUAUUUUAAUUUAGUGACAAAUUUUUGAAGUACAAAAUGUCCCUUUCAAAGCAUGCUUUUAAAAGUGAAGAAAUAAAAGUCGCUUUAACGAUUUUCAGUAUAAACUAUGCAUACAUGAAGACUAAAUUUGUGUCUUAAAAUCAGUCUACCUGUCGUUGCAUAAUUAAAUUACAAAUUCAAUUAUUAUCAGCAUAUCUACGUGUACAUUUGCAUAACUUUAAGCUCUUAUUACUCGAAAUGCAACAUGAGCCCGUAUUCAAAUAUUUAACUGGGAUUAUUUUAAAAUGAAAAACUAUCAUGUUCUGUCAUAAAAUAAUAUUGUAUAAG